AUGAGCAACAACAAGUUAGUAUGCAGGUACGGCACAAAAAAGCUAAAGGAAUGGUAUCCUUUAUUGCCAGAAGACUUGAACGUAAAAGUAAGGACAGCAGUACAGGACAAAGGAUUAGCCUGCCCAGACAUCAGUUACAAACUUCAAUCAAUCCUGAAAGAUGACUGGUUUGAAUCUGGUGGAGCCCAAGAACAGAUGCUUCUUCUUUUCCUUUUCAUUCAAUACUGGGAUGACUUUCACUUCGAGCUGUUGGAUGUAAUAGGGGGCCAGCAAACUGUUGUUGAACAUCUGGACCAGAUUCUUCAUUAUAAUAAAGAUGUUGUGAGGAAAUCAAUUCAACCUGUGCUCCAUCAAGUCUUGGAUGAGUGCUUAAAUUUCAAAAAGAAUCAGAGGAAAAUGCAGACUGCAGCCACUGUCAUCUGUGAUGCCAUUCACAGUGUAUUGUCAAGCAGUACGAAUCGUGAUUUUAGAGCCAAGUCACUACAGCUCCUGAAGGUCUCAAACACCCAAGAAAUUAAGACAUCGCUUCGGAAUACUCUACAGAAUAUCAUGCAGAAUAGAUUUCUCCUGAGCAGAGUCUGUGACACGAAGCGAAUUCACUCAGGAGAUGGUGAUCGGGUGCUAUCUAACACUGAUUCAAUUGCACCAGAGACCAGCCAAGACAGUCUGUAUGGCGCAGACAAAUCUCAGAAAAUCCAUACUGAGCUCGAUGGUUCUGAAUCAGACCUAUCAUUCACACUGUCAGGUUUGGACAGUCUACAUUGGAAUGUUGAAUCUCCAAAAUUGACAGUAGAAACUGACUCUGGUUCUGACAGCAUUGAACAAAAAAUAGGUGCAAAGAAAAGACAGCUGGAAGCAUCUGGAAUGAAGCUCAAUGCAAAUUUCCAUAGCAGUCCUUUCAAAAACACAGGGGAAGAAGCAUACAAAUGCCCAAGGCUGGAAAAUCUUAACACUAGCCAUGUCUCUUUGCUGAAAACAGAUAUGCAGGUCUCAGCGCCAUUCUCAACAGGAUUAACAUCUGAGAUGACUGACUCCUUUGGUGUACAAUGCAGUACAAUGAGCACUGAGCAGACAAUCGGUGGAAAAACAACUGAUGAUAAGGAGGAAUAUCUCUGGCUUCAGGAAGUUUCCAAUUUGUCGGAUUGGGCACACUGA